CGAUGAAAUAACGCUUUUAAUUUAAUUGAAAAGCCGUCCUGCUGACUCAUAAAGUAAAAACAAACAAUGUAAAUAUUAUAAAACAAAAUUUGUCAGAUUAUUUGCUUGUCCAUCAUCAUUAAGAUCAUAAAAGAGCGCGAUAUACGAUAUCCAAUUUGGGUCGGCUUUACGCGCAAACCAUCACCAUCAGUUCCCACCAUUCAACAGUAGGCGCUAAUACACCUGAUAUUCGUGUGCUUUCGUUUGUGCAGCGCUGAUGUGCUAUGCUCUUGAAUGCCAAUGAAUCAAUCCUCGCUUGCUUUGGCUUGUGGUACACACUAGUGGUAGCAAAGUAAAUCAUGUGAAUGUGUAUGUGUAUAAUAUAAAAAAUAAGCAAAUAAAGCACACACGUAUAAAAAAGAGUAAUCUAAAAGAAACAAAACAAAAUAAAUAGAGUGAAGAGUGAAUAAAGCCAGCCACACAAAGUGUAUGCCAUUCAAGUUCUACUUGAGUUGUGCGAAAUAGGAAAGGGCUGAAGGUGCGGCGUAGUGCUUAGAGAGCGCUUUGUGGCGCACACGAAGGAGAAGUUAAUAAAAAUUCGCUUGCUAGUUGUGAACGCGUCACAAGGCUCCAACACCGUCAUUGUGACUGUUGUUUUGUUUGUUACCAACGUUGUGCGAACUGUUGUGUAUGUACACUUUUAUCGCGACCGUCAUUCAUAACGUCAACGUCGCUGUUUCCGUUCUCGUCAAAGUCGACAACACACGACACAUUGGAAAAAGGCACACUACUUUGAAACUCGCUUAAGUGUAACUUUGGCCAAAGGAUAACGCACUCCCACAGUGUAACGUCGUUAAAACAGGCAUACUUCGUCGAACGACGAGGUGGUUUUACGCGACACCAGUAAGCAACGCGACUCACAAACUUAAAAAUUCGUUUCGCGCAUACUUGAUCCUCGUUCCCAAAUUCGGUACGGUGUGCGUUUAUACCCAUAUAGUAAGUGACGAGCAACGAUAACCACACAUCGGGAUAGCGCUUGUAAAUAGCCAUACGUACUAAGAGAAAUAUAUACAUAAAGAAAUAUAUUUACAAUCGCCAGUAUACACCAUGUCAACUGAUAAGAUCAAAGUUGCUGUGAGGGUGCGACCCUUCAAUCGUCGCGAAAUCGAGUUGGGCACAAAAUGCAUCGUGGAGAUGGAAAAACAGCAGACAAUUCUGCAAAAUCCGCCAUCGCUGGACAAAUUGGAGAGAAAACCACCCAAGACAUUUGCAUUCGAUCACUGCUUCUACUCGUUAAAUCCCGAAGACCAGAAAUUCGCCUCACAGGAGUCCGUCUUCGAUUGUGUGGGACGUGAUAUACUCUAUAAUGCAUUCCAAGGCUACAAUGCCUGCAUAUUCGCCUAUGGCCAAACAGGCUCCGGCAAAUCAUACACAAUGAUGGGUUCGCUUGAGUCCAAAGGCAUCAUACCACGCCUCUGCGAUGAGCUCUUCUCAGCCAUAGCCAAUAAAACGACACAAGAUCUCAUGUAUAAGGUGGAGGUGUCCUACAUGGAAAUCUAUAAUGAAAAAGUACAUGAUCUGCUCGAUCCGAAACCAAAUAAACAAUCACUCAAGGUGCGUGAACACAAUGUGUUGGGUCCAUAUGUGGAUGGUCUGUCGCAGCUGGCGGUCUCCUCAUACAAGGAUAUUGACAAUCUCAUGACCGAGGGCAAUAAAUCGCGUACUGUCGCCGCAACAAAUAUGAAUGCGGAAUCGUCACGUUCGCAUGCUGUUUUCUCGGUGGUGCUCACACAAAUACUGACCGAUCAGGCGACCGGUGUGAGCGGUGAGAAGGUGUCACGUAUGUCGUUGGUGGACUUGGCUGGUUCCGAACGCGCUGUGAAGACUGGUGCUGUUGGCGAUCGACUCAAGGAGGGCUCCAACAUUAAUAAAUCACUCACCACCCUGGGUUUGGUCAUUUCGAAGCUGGCCGAUCAAUCGAAUGGCAAAAAGAGUGGCAACGACAAAUUCGUACCCUAUCGCGACUCCGUGCUCACAUGGCUGUUGAAGGACAAUUUGGGUGGUAAUUCAAAAACCGUUAUGGUUGCCACAAUAUCACCAUCGGCCGAUAAUUACGAAGAAACGCUCUCGACGCUGCGUUAUGCCGAUCGUGCCAAGCGUAUUGUCAAUCAUGCUGUCGUCAAUGAGGAUCCAAAUGCACGCAUCAUACGCGAAUUGCGUCUGGAAGUGGAGGCGUUACGUAAUAUGCUCAAACAUGCAACCGGUUCGCCAGUGGGCGAUGUACAACGCGUCGAUAUUCACGACAAGCUCGCGGAAAGUGAGAAUCUGAUGAAGCAAAUCUCACAAACGUGGGAGGAGAAGCUCGUGAAAACCGAACGCAUACAAAACGAACGUCAGCAGGCGCUCGAAAAGAUGGGCAUUAGCGUGCAGGCGAGCGGUAUUAAAGUGGAGAAGAACAAAUAUUAUUUAGUCAAUUUGAAUGCUGAUCCGUCCCUGAAUGAGUUGUUGGUUUACUAUUUAAAGGAACGCACCCUAAUCGGUGGUCAUAGCAUUUCCGGCCAACAACCAGACAUACAACUAUCCGGCCUUGGUAUACAACCUGAACAUUGUGUCAUUGUCAUCGAAGACGGUGGCCUCUUUAUGGAACCCAUACAGGGUGCCCGUUGCUUCGUCAAUGGUUCGGCAGUGCUGGAGAAGAUCCCACUGCACAAUGGCGAUCGCAUACUCUGGGGUAAUCAUCAUUUCUUCCGUGUUAAUUGUCCGAAGAGCGCCAAUGCCAACAUGAUCUCGGAACCACAAACCCCGGCCCAGCUGAUCGAUUAUAAUUUUGCGCGCGAUGAGAUAAUGCAAAACGAACUGAGCAAUGAUCCCAUACAAACGGCCAUCGCGCGACUCGAGCGCCAACACGAGGAAGACAAGCAAGUGGCACUGGAGAAGCAGCGACAGGAGUAUGAGCGCCAGUUCCAGCAGUUGCGUAACACCCUAUCGCCCAGCACACCCUACGCCCCGUACACACCAUACGAUCCCUUGCGUUUGGGUAAGAUUACACCGAACACACCCACAUCGCAAAUGCGCGUUGAGAAGUGGGCACAGGAGCGUGAUGAGAUGUUCAGGCGUUCGCUGGGCCAAUUGAAAAACGACAUUAUGCGCGCCAAUGCUUUGGUGCAGGAGGCCAACUUCCUCGCCGAGGAGAUGGAGAAGAAGACAAAAUUCUCAGUUACUUUACAAAUACCGCCAGCCAACUUAAGUCCAAAUCGGCGGCGCGGCGCUUUCGUCAGCGAACCAGCCAUUUUGGUGAAACGCACGAAUUCCGGCAGUCAAAUUUGGACCAUGGAGAAGUUGGAGAACAAGCUAAUUGACAUGCGCGAAAUGUAUCAGGAGCACAAGGAGCGCCUUUUGAAUGGCUUGCCUGUCGUUGAAACAUACUCCGACGAUGAAGAUAGCGAUGAGGAGAGUGAAAACUCCAAAUCGUUGGAUCCGUUCUACGAGUCGCAGGAGAAUCACAAUCUGAUCGGUGUCGCCAACAUAUUCCUUGAGGUACUCUUCCACGAUGUUAAGCUGGACUAUCAUACGCCCAUUAUAAGUCAACAAGGUGAAGUUGCUGGUCGACUUCAGGUCGAGGUACAACGCAUUGCCGGUCAAAUGCCACAGGAUCGCAUGUGCGAAUCGAUUUCCGAGUCUUCGACCGAUUCACGCGACGAAUACGAUGAUCCCGUCGAUCCAAUGUCCAAUCAAAUCACUUGCCGUGUCUCAAUCAAGAGCGCCACCGGCUUGCCGCUCUCGCUAUCCAACUUCGUUUUCUGCCAGUACACCUUCUGGGGCCACCAAGAGACGGUGGUGCCAGUAAUCAAUGCCGAAGCGCCCUCACACGAUCAGAAUAAAGUAUUUAAAUUUGAGCACACCAAGGACUUCACCGUCGCCAUAAAUGAGGAAUUCCUAGAACACUGUAUUGAGGGUGCGCUAUCGGUUGAGGUUUGGGGUCACCGCAGCGCCGGUUUCUCCAAGACCAAAGGCUGGGAAGUGGAGCAACAGCAGGCUAAGGCGCGUUCGCUAGUCGACCGCUGGGCGGAAUUGUCGCGUAAGAUCGAAUUGUGGGUGGAAAUACAUGAGCUGAAUGACAACGGUGAAUACUCGCCGGUGGAGGUGACAAAUCGCACCGAAGUGCUCACCGGUGGCAUCUAUCAGUUGCGUCAGGGCCAACAGCGGCGCGUAAAUGUGCGCGUCAAGCCGGUACAAAAUUCCGGCACCUUACCGAUCAUCUGUCAGUCCAUAGUAAAUAUUGCAAUCGGUAGCAUAAGUGUGCGUUCACGUCUACAGCGACCACUCGACUCGUAUCAAGAAGAAGAUCUCACCGUGCUGCGUGAGCGUUGGAGUGAAGCGCUCGGCCGCCGACGCUCCUACCUCGAUCAACAGAUACAGAAACUAAUCAAGAAGGAGGAAAAGACCGAGGAGGAACGUGAACGUGAGUUGAGCUUGGUGCACCAGUGGGUCUCCUUGACCGAGGAACGCAAUGCCGUUUUGGUGCCCGCACCCGGUUCUGGCAUACCGGGCGCGCCAGCCUCUUGGGAACCACCAGCCGGCAUGGAACCGCACGUGCCCGUCUUGUUUCUCGAUCUAAAUGCCGACGAUAUGUCGGCGCAAAAUACCAAUGACGAAUUCUCUGUUGCCGGUCAAAAUUCGAUACUCUCCAAAGAGCAUGGACACAAAUUCUACACGCUACAAAUACUACAACACCUCGAAAAGGAUGUCUGCUCGAUUGCCAGUUGGGACUCGUCCAUGCACGACAGUCAGGCUUUGAAUCGUGUCACCGAAGCGAACGAGCGCGUCUACCUGAUCCUGCGCACCACUGUGCGACUCUCACAUCCAGCACCCAUGGAUUUGGUGUUGCGCAAACGCAUUAGCAUAAACAUAAAGAAAGGUCCAAGCAUUACCGAUCGCUUGAAAAAGUUUCGUUUGGUGCGCGGCGAGAAUGCCAUACUGCAGACGGGCGUCACCUACGAAGUGGUCUCCAACAUACCAAAAGCAUCCGAAGAGCUGGAGGAUCGCGAAUCCUUGGCUCAACUGGCCGCCAGCGGCGAUGACUGCUCCGCAAGCGAUGGCGAAACCUACAUCGAAAAAUACACGCGCGGCGUUUCCGCCGUGGAGAGCAUACUGACGCUCGAUCGCUUACGCCAAAGCGUCGCCGUCAAAGAAUUGGAGACUGCGCAUGGUCAGCCGCUAUCGAUGCGCAAGACGGUCAGCGUGCCCAAUUUCUCACAGACGGUUAAAGAAACAACAACUGCAAGUCUUAUGCGUUUUGAUGCGUCCAUGGAGUCGCUGCUGAAUGUGGGACGCUCCGAGUCCUUCGCCGAUCUCAACAAUCAAACAUUGAACUCCAAGUUUCCAGCACAUCCAGCCAUACGCGACUUUGGCACACGCAAUCGCCACAGCUUUGGCGGCAAGGGCAGCAAUGACGAGCCGCCUUGCAAACCAUUUGGCAUUGGCUCUAUUCUGUCAGCGCGUCCAACUUUCUUGAAUUUGAACUUGAAUUUCAAUCAACGCAAUCCGCCGACCAAGCCUUCACCGGCUACCAGCAAGCUAUUGGGCAUGCGCAUGACCACACUACACGAAGAGCCGCUCGGCGUGCAUCGUGCACUCGCCGAGGAGCCCGAAGACAGCUACAGCGACUCGGAAUACACCAAUAACGAGUACGAGCAGGAGAAGAAUCAACAGAAUAAUUAUCAUACACGUUCACGCCUGACCGCCUCGAAGACCAUGGACUCAUUCAUGGAUGUCAGCAAUCAUUCCAAUCACAGCUACUUAAGUUAUACGUCCAGCGCUAAUGCGAAUAUGAAGCAUUUAACCGGACUGGCCACGCCCAGCAUGAGUUCGUCCACAUCGAGCGGCUAUGGUUCGCAGGCGGUUUCGUGCAGCAAUUUGACGAAUGAUGAUAUCGCUUCUAUGCGUUCAAUGAGCAUUGAUGAGACACCAGACUAUCAUUCGAAUUCACCACCCAACCGGCAAACACGCUUCAAUCCAUUCCUAAAAGACAUGCCAAAGGCAAAUGGCAAUAACAAACAGCAGAAUCAACAGCAACAACAACAGCCAGCGCAAACAACGACAGCACAUACGACGAUGAACGACGACCAAAGCGAUCCAACACAAAUACAACAGAAAUCAGCACCGGAAAGCGCAACAAACGCCGAGACGACUAACGAAAUCAGAACAACACUCAACACACUCAACGACAAUGAGGCCAACAACACAAAUGCAAAGCUGCCAAACAUAACAACAAAAGCACAAUACAGCGCUGCCAAUACCCAGAUGGAUAUGGAGAUGGAUGCUGUGGCGGAUAACGGUGAUUAUGUGGCAAACACCAUAAACGAUGAUGAUAUUGUUGAACUAAAGAAUAACAACAAUUGCGAAACAACAACAACAACAGCGGCCAAGUUAAUUAACAAUCACAACAAUAGUGAGAAUAAUAAGAAUACAACAAAUACAACAGCAACAUUAAUUAGCAACAACAUCGCUACCGACAAUCAAAAUGGCAAUGAGACGAUAAAUCACACAACAACAGCAACAACAAACGAAGCUGAACAACAGCAGCAGCAACAACAACCGUUAGAAGGUAAUGGCAUUGUACGCGGCCAACUGCCAGCCGGCAAAGUGGUGCGUCGCAAGAAGACACCACCACAAGGUGGUGGCAACGUCAUGUCCAGCAGCGUCAUAAGCACCAACAAUAAUGGCGGUGCGUCGCGUGCGCAGUUGCAACGUGCUUCCGUGGCACAAAUGGAGGGCAUAUUGACGGCGUCCAAUGAUCGGUUGAAUGUGUCGAUGACCGGCAGCAUGGAACUCGAUGCAGAAACCGAUGCAUCUCUACCCGACUGGGUGCUAGUUGGCGAGUCGGUGCUAAUACGUCCCUACAACACGAGCGGCGUCAUCAGCUACAUCGGCAACACACACUUCCAAGCUGGCACUUGGAUCGGCGUUGAGCUGGACACGCCGACGGGCAAGAAUGACGGCACCGUGCAGGGCAUACAAUAUUUCCAAUGCAAACCGAAGCAUGGCAUCUUUGUGCGCUACGACAAGUUGAUAUUGGAUAAACGUGGCAAGGCCAUGCGCGCCUACAAAGCGGAGAAAAGCAACAGCAAAGACACAAGCAUGAUGACACGCUCAAAGAGUCGCGGCGAAUCCUUGGCCAGCGUCGGUGGCGCCGCGUCGUCACGCAAAUGAUUAUAUCCAAAAUGUUCGCAUCAAAUGCACCGCUGGGCUAAUUGCAAGCAAUCCACAUUGGUGACAGCAGCCACUGCUGCCAAAGCAACAACAACAACUGCAAACGCAACAACAACAGCUGGUGCCGCAGCAGCAGCAGCAAAGACACCAACAAAUGCAGCACAUGGCGGCAGAGGAGCUGCUGCACCAACGCGCACAUGCACCAAAUUGCGUGCAACCAGCACAGCAGCCGCAGCAAAUGUCGCGACGGUGACGGCCACGGCCACGGCACACGUCACCGCCGUCGAUGCGAACACGAGACGUUUCAAGCGACGCUCAACAGCAUUUUAAGUGGCAACGCAGCAGCAGCAGCAGCAGCAACCAACCGAGGCGUAUGUUUGUAUGUCAGCUGCGUUGCUAAAAUGCCGCGCGUAGCGUGCGCCACAAACACUCGAACGGAGUAAACAUUUUGAGGUUAAAAAACUAGAGAGAGAAGCAUAGAAAUCACAAACAGUCAAGUCAUGCAGCACGCAUAUACAGUUAUGUGCGAAAAGAUAAAACAACAAAAACACGUAUGCUUCAUAGAACGAACAAACGAAUUGCAAUUGCAUACAUAUUACAUAAUUACGUAUUAUAUUAUAUAAUAUGACAUACAUACA